AUGAACAAAAUUAUGAAUAAUAAUCCUUUAAAUAAGCCCCUAGUUCCCGGUAGCUCCAUGGGGGAUGCUGAUGAUAGUAGGCAGUUAACUCGUGGCGCCAGGGGCAAGAUGAAUCUCCGGGUGGGAAUCUUUAACUAUCAGACGACCAAUGCUAGUCUCUCGGACUCCGAUACCACUGGAUCGAUAACGUCGUUAUUAGCUACGGACGUUGUGCAGGAGGCAAGCGCCGAAACGCCUGCACCCGCCAAAGCUAGCAAACGUGCACGUAGGAAAUGGAACGAAGCUAUGAAUAUCUUUAUCCUACGCACAUAUUUCAUUCUAACAUCUAUGGAAACUAAUACAAGAUCGUACCUUCCCGAACUUCAUUCUAGAUUCACAGAAAAAUUUCCGGAUAUGCAGGCCAGCAGGCAACAUGUAGGAGGCCAGCGCCGGGCUAUAGUUCGAAAUAACUUAUUAACUACUGAACAAAUUCAAAUGAUACGUGAAGAGGCGGGUGACUACUUAAAAAAGAAUCCUGGCCAGAUCAAAAAUAAUGUAAGCGUUUUAGAUUUAAAUUAUAAAAAUAAAUCGAUAAAUAGAUCCGUAAGAGAAUCUCAAAAUUAUGAAUCUGAACCUGUUAUAAUUCCAUUUAAAGAUUCAGGAAAUAUUCCUCAUAAUUUAAACUGUGAUGACUUCACACAAUAUGCCGUCAACUGUACGGCUGAAGCGGCAAUGAUUUAUAACUCAAGUAGAAUGUCUCCGCCUUACCCUGCGAAAGUUAAUGAUUGGUGUCGGGCUAUAAGACACCUUACGAAUUGCGCUAUCAAUUGGAACACGGAUUGUAAAGAUGCUACUGACAGUCGUUUUAACGAAGAAAGUAUCAAAGGUCACAUUCACGUCGUCAACAAUAUUUGCGAUGACGAAUGGUUCCUCAUAAGGUACGAUGAGAUUGCGCUCUGUGUUGAAAGUUCAACAGAUUCAUGGGAAACUUGCUACAUUAACUUCAAGGAUUCGGUUGAGGAGCACAAGAAUACUAGCCAAGAAUGGACUCAUUAUGAAGUACAUUUUAAGCUGUGCUGCGCAAGAUCUCGAUUCCGCCGCUGCACUCUCGAAUCGCUUUUCGUUAAGCCAACUCAAUGUACGCAAGAACAAGCGGCUACGCUUCAGAAGUUCUCAGUCAUUGUUUCCGAGGGAGGAGUUUAUCAGGACUGCGACCGUAACAUGAUGUACGCAAACUGCCCAGGCGGAGACCCUCGACCAACCAGUGCUAUGUUGAAACGGCUGAUGAGCACCGAAGCCCACAAAUACGGCGGAAAAAUGAACUCUAAUGGUUUAACUAUGUAG